GGUUACUGGUGCGCAGCUGUUCCAGUGGAUCAACACAUACUGGUACUACUGGUGCUCUCACCAUUACUGCUGGUACUACUGGAGCUCCUGGUUCUCCAGCCGGAGGAAAUGGCGGCUCAGAGAAACACGGCGGGUGUUUGUGAGCUCAGAUCUCUGGAGAAUCUACUGGACACCAGUACAGUGGAACUGGGCGCCAUUAACGAGGUCUGGUCCGGUCUGUAUAUCAGCAAUGUUGCGAUGGCUCAGAACAAAAGUGCUUUAAAGAAGUUGGGCAUCACCCACAUCCUGAACGCGGCUCAUUCCAAGCAGGGCAGCAUCGGUGACCAGAGUUAUUACGGCUCUGAAUUCGUUUAUUACGGGAUCCCGGCGGAGGACUCGGCCAAGUUCCACCUCAGCGUUUACUUCAGACCUGCGGCCGACUUCAUUCACAAAGCGCUGAAAAAGAAAAACGGUAAGGUGCUGGUGCAUUGCAUUAUGGGAGUGAGUCGCUCAGCCUCGCUGGUCCUGGCGUAUUUGAUGUUACGCCAGCGUCUCACCCUCCGCGCCGCCGUCCAGCAGCUCGUCCAGAGGAGGCCGAUUUACCCCAACAGGAACUUUCUGAGGCUCCUGCUCGAGCUGGACUCACAACUGCAGAGGAAACGGAUGCUGUGUCCCAUUCUCUGAGAGCCCGGGCACCACCGCCCUGCCUGGCACUCACCACCACCACCAUGCCCUGCCGCCACCACCACCAUGCCCUGCCUGGCACUCACCACCACCACCGUGCCCUGCCUGGCACUCACCACCACCACCGUGCCCUGCCACCACCACCAUGCCCUGCCUGGCACUCACCACCACCACCAUACCCUGCCACCACAACCAUGCCCUGCCUGGCACUCACCACCACCACCGUGCCCUGCCUGGCACUCACCACCACCACCGUGCCCUGCCACCACCACCAUGCCCUGCCUGGCACUCACCACCACCACCAUACCCUGCCACCACCACCAUGCCCUGCCUGGCACUCACCACCACCACCAUGCCCUGCCUGGCACUCACCACCACCACCACCGUGCCCUGCCACCACCACCAUACCCUGCCUGGCACUCACCACCACCACCAUACCCUGCCUGGCACUCACCA